UCCGCAUUCACCCUUCUGCUCCCUCUAUUUCGCGUUGAAAAUAUUCAGUUUUGGGAGUGGUUUGACAUUAUCCCAACGACAACAAUUUCUUUAGGCUAAUGUUGUUGCGCGUCCACGCUAAUAAAUUUCGGGCAAUGUUACCGUGAGGUGAGGUGCCGGAUAUCGAGGUCGGAUCGCCGUCAGGUUGGACACCCAAAUGCGAUCGGAUCAGGUCGAUAGACGCGCGGGUGAAACGAACGUUUCAAUAUGCCACGCUGCUACAUGGUGAAGAAAACAGGCAGCAAAUGCCAAGCCGUCGUAAGAGAAGAAAUCUGGCAGCAAAACUGCUCUGCAGCUCCUGAUAGUCCCACUGAGGGGUGCGUGGCACCACUGUGUUAUACGUCACUGACCACAAGGCCGAUUGACGUCGAUGAGCGCUCUACCACAAACAAUACUACAUUGGAGCUUAAAAACGAUGAUUCUAACCAAAAAAAUCACACGAGAAGCGUCGAAGAAACGGAAGCCGCGCACGACCUGCUAUCCCUCUCUCAGAGCUUACCUCCGUUGCCAGCUCCAAGCGUAGUUAUGAUUCACCACACGAUACCAACAGAGGAGGAUCCAUCGUCUCCCAGCCACUGUUAUGGUCCACUGUCGCCAGACUCUAGUCGCAAAGAAACCCAAGCAACGGCCUCAAAAAAUCCGCAAGACGCAACCAAGGCGAAAACCACGGUCGCUAGUCCGACAAAACCCACGAUUAGCGCUGUGAGUGAAACCACCUCCGCUGCCCAGCUAGUAGUGACGCCAUCCUACGCCCCGCCCAUUGUCUAUGUGGUCCAGGUACCGGCAACUCUCCCCACUCCCCCGACAUCCGAGUGUUCUUCGGAUGCCGAAAACCUGCAGUUUUGCACCACAAUAACUCAACAAUCAAGCGUCCAAAUCAUUUCCGAAGUCCCUCACGAGCAAGAUAUCAUUAUACUUCCGCUUUCGCCGGAACCGGACACUUUUAUCGGGCAAAACCGAAGUGUGGCGGGUGCCUCUCAGUCGUCAAACUCCGUGUCGACCAAGAUGGCACCGAUCGUUAUUCCCGACAGGCGAAAAAGAAAAAACAAAAAACUGGUAAAAGGAGGAAGACCAACGGGUAGUGAAAACAGUGGUCGGUAUGCCGACUUAAGCUUAAGCAAUAGCGGAUCUAGUACCACAAGUACCACUUCCGGUAGUUCUGUGAAAACGAAAUUUUAUAAAGUGGUGGAGGAAGAAAUCGAAGACGAUGGGGACAGUUCAUCAUCGGAAGGUGAGCCGAAAAACAAUCGUUACAUCUGCUCCGAUUGCGGCAAAGCCUACGCGACAUCUAGCAAUCUAUCCAGACACAAGCAGACGCAUAGAAGUUUGGACUCCCAGUCGGCCAAACGCUGCAUGACCUGCGGGAAAGCCUACGUCAGCAUGCCCGCUUUAGCGAUGCACCUGUUGACGCACAAACUGGCCCACCAGUGCGGUAUUUGCGGCAAACAGUUUUCGAGGCCUUGGCUUCUUCAGGGCCAUUUGCGAUCGCACACCGGCGAGAAACCAUUCGGAUGCGCACAUUGCGGGAAAGCUUUUGCUGAUAGGUCGAACUUAAGGGCACAUAUGCAAACUCAUUCAACCGAAAAGCAAUUCAGGUGUCAAAACUGUGACAAGACAUUCGCAUUAAAAUCUUAUUUGAACAAGCACCUAGAAUCUACCUGCACGAUGUGGGACAAUAAGAACCUUCGGACAUACAGGAAGAACACCAUUAAUGCGGAAACGCAAACAAUUACUGUCGAUUAAAAAGCGAUAUUAGAUAUUAUUGAAACCGUAUGUCUGAACUGGUACAUUCAUUUCAUGUCGUGGUCAUAACAUUGAAAUUUUUCUUUAUAAUUAAGGCCGGAAAGAUAUUUUUUUACUUAAUAAUAUAUCAAAAUGUAAAGAUUAAGUAUUUAUAAAUUAUAAAUUGAGUUCCUUUUUUGUUUCCUUUGUACAUUUGCUCAAAUCAAAUUUGUAUAACGUGUAUUUGUGGUAUAUUACCAAAAACUUUAAUUUGAGAAGUCGGAACAAACAAAAUUUGUUGAAAGUUGACCGACUUUACUAAAUGUUAUACACAAAAGCAAUACAAGAAGUACUGAAGUGAAAGAAAGUUUUAACCUUUUAUAGCCUUAGAAAGACAUAAAUUUGCAACGAAGCGGUAAUAAAACAGGGUUCAGAAUUAAUUACGUGGAACCAACAUUCGUAUUAAUACAAAACUAUUCUGAAUAUCCCGCGUAAUACGUACUUGGGAAAUAUUACUCGGCGUUGUAGAUUUUUCUAAAUUUUGACAAAUUUAAUAUUCUAGUCAUUUAAAAUAGAAUAUGUAUUUUAGUAUUCUCGCCAUACACACAAUAUAAGUUGCAAUUCUAGUCAUAGAUAAAUACGUGUAGAUAUUGAACAUCAGCAUGAUUAUAUAUUUUUCCCUAAGAAAUUUGUCAUCAUAAUCUCACUGCUGUGCAAUCGCAGUUAAUAUCUGUUAACUCAACUAGACGGUUGCCCUACAAAUAGAAUCCCAAAUUAAAAAAUAAGGAUAACAUCAACAACGAAUAGCUGAAUAGGAUCCUUUUGUACUUACCGUUUUUUUGUAAUAGUUAACUUACCAAAGUGAUACAUAUAUUUGCGUAGCGGUUUUAGAAGUAAUAUUUUUUGAUAUUGUAAUGGUAGAUACUUUGAACAUAAAG